AACGACACUGUCAAACACAAAGCUUAUUCAUAAAAAUAAUAAAGAAUAUUAAAUUAUUGGUGAAAUUAAUAAAUUUGAAACGAUAAUUUUAAUAAACAAUAAUUAUGUCAAUUGUUGCUGAAAAACUUCAAGAUGAUACAAAUAUUCCGUUGGCUGAUGACGAUCCACAAGUUAUCAUUCAAGAUGAUCCAGAAACUGGAUCAGAUUUGUUACAUGCACGAAGUAUAGAUUCAAUUCCAUCGUCGUUUACAAAUGGUAGCACCAGUCCGCAUAAUUUAGUGAUGGGUCCGAAUAGUUUAGAUGUGGAUGUUAGUAUUGAUGAACAAGAGGAGAAAGCUCGAUUGAUAUCACAAGUUUUAGAAUUGCAAAAUACACUUGAUGAUUUAUCAAGACGAGUUGAUAGUGUGAAAGAAGAAAAUUUAAAACUUCGUUCAGAAAAUCAAGUAUUAAGUCAAUAUAUUGAAAACUUGAUGUCCGCUUCAUCUGUAUUUCAAUCGACAUCACCAAAGAGUAAAAAAAAUUAAAGGGAAAAACCAAAAAAGAAGAAAAUUUACAA